CUUUGGGUGUCGGAGUCGGCUAAGGCACUGGUGUUUGGUAAGAGGGCCAGGGAAGGGUGUUCGUCUUAUAUGAGGUGUUGGGGUAUUUCGCGAGGACUUUUGGAGGUCGAGCAUGCGAUGCGGGGUACCGGUACAGCACCGGUACUCCCUGCGUGCUUGGAGGAAAUACACCUGAUUGAUUAUUAACAACUCUCGUCCAGCACCGCAUCGCCACAAGAUGUUCAACAGGACAUGCUUACGACCAAGUGCCAGCUCUAGGCUGAUCCAGUCCUGGGCACCCACGCAAAACACCACCAUACUCGCCCGAUGCCUGUCAUAUACCCCGCCACGCUUCAAUGCAAACGCAGACUCGGCGGGAUUCGAGCAAAAGGAGGAUAAAUUCGCGUUCGCUAGAAGGGGUGUCAAGGCGAAGGGCCGGUCAAAGCUGUUCGGUUUCAUCAUUGCUAUGGUCCCCGUAACCGGAUUCGUACUCGGAACAUGGCAAGUCUACAGGCGAAACUGGAAACUCGAACUCAUCGAGAAAUAUGAAGCACAUCUCGAUUUGCCACCCGCAAUCCUUCCCCCGAACCUCGAUGCUACGAAGGCUGAGGAGUUUGAUCACCGUAGAAUCCUCAUGAAGGGCCAGUUCCUCCAUGACCAGGAAAUGCUCAUUGGUCCACGUCAGUGGAACGGGGAGACUGGGUUCCAUGUCAUCACGCCAUUCCAACGAGAUGAUGGUACCCGUGUUCUCGUUAACAGAGGCUGGAUCCCGCGUGCGAGAGGGGAUAAGAGUACGAGGCCGAAGGGAUUGGUGGGUGGGGAGGUGGUUAUCGAGGGUCUUGUAAGGCCGCCGCCGGGCAAGGGGUAUUUCCAGCAUGAGAAUGAGCCUAAUAGGGGGUUGUUUUACUAUUUGAAUCUUGAGGAGAUGGGAGGAAUGGUGGGUGCGGAUCAGGGCUUCUUCGUUGAGGAGAUCUUUGACCCUAACCGCAGUUGGUCAGACAAGUUCAUCGUUGAUGGCAAGCCUAUCGGCCGUGUUCCUCAGGUCAACCUCAAAAACAACCACAUGCAGUACAUUAUCACUUGGUACUCGUUGGGUGUGAUCACCUCCUUCAUGCUCUUCCGCCUCAUGCGUCAACCAGCAAAUCGUGUGAAGAUGCGUGUGAAGGCUGCUUGAGAGUCUAGGACCUUUUGUUGGAUUUGCUUCGCGUCUGUGCAUGGAUCUCAUCUGCAAGUUCACGUGGCAGAUGUCGUUGUGCGAGAGUACUGAGCGUAGUUUUGCUUCCUACCAAACGCUGCCUCCUCAUGAGUUGCCAUAUAUCGACAUCCUCGAU